AUGGCUGCUACCGAUGAAUUUUCUGGUUCUGCUUCUAACGGUAUUAACAAGCCUUUCCGUUUUGAGGGAUUACAUUUUAAGCGAUGGAAACAAAAGAUGUUGUUCUACCUGACGAUGAAGAAAGUUGCUUUCGUUCUCACUGCUCUGAAGCCAGUCGUCUCUGAAGCUUCUACCGACAAGGACAAAGAGGCUGAACGCGAGAAGCAACAAAAGGAUUUGGACUCUUGGGUCGAAAAUGACUUCCUCUGUAAGAAUUUUAUUCUUAACGGUUUAUCUGACGAUCUGUAUGACUAUUAUAAUUCAGAUAAAUCAGCAAACGAAAUAUGGGAUGCUCUGCAAAAGAAAUACGAUACUGAAGAAGCUGGAACUAAAAAGUAUGCUGUCAGUCGCUACCUCAAGUAUCAAAUGGUGGACGACAAACCUGUGGAAGCCCAAUCUCACGAGCUUCAGAAAAUUGCACAUGAGAUCAUCUCAAAAGGUAUGACUUUAGAUGAACAGUUUCAAGUUGCUGUAUUAAUUGAUAAGUUACCCCCUUCCUGGAAGGAUUUCAAAAGUACUCUCAGGCAUAAGACUAAGGAAUUUUCCUUAGAAAGUUUGAUCACCCGCCUUCGUAUAGAGGAGGAAGCAAGAAAACAAGACCAGAAAGAUGAAGUGCUUGUUGUUUCAAACAACAACACUAAGAAAUCCACACCAGCGGUUCUGAAGCCUAAUGGCAAAAAUUUUAAGAAUCAGAACCGCAACUCGAAUUCUAAUUCUAACCGCAACAACCCUCCUCGUAACAAUAAUCAGAGUUGGAACCAUAAUAGGAACCAACAUGGAAGGCAGCCACCUCCACAUAAACAGAAUGACCCCGCACAGUUUUUGUGUUACAACUGUAACAAGCCGGUCAUAUGGCACGAAAGUGUCGGAACAAGCCUAGCUCGCUCCGCAGCAACUUGA